CGGGAGGGCGUGGGCCGUCAGCACCGCGGACAGCGCCAGUGGGUGAAGGGGCGGGGCGUACACAGAGACGUCACGACGCGCGGAGUCUCUCGGGCGCGCGCUCUCGAGCGGCCGGCGCUGCCGCGUCACGGGACUCAGAUUUCCUGCUGGUUUCCCGGAGAAGCCUACUUUCCCUCCCUUGAGAAGACCGCCCCCUCUCUCUGCCUCAUAAUGAGUCAGCUGAGACUGUUGCCCUCCCGGCUUGGGGUGCAGGCCUCAAGGUUCCUGGCCCCACAUGACAUCCAGAUGUUCAACUGGCGCAGCAGGUCAUCUGGGCCACCGGCCACCUUCCCAAGCGGCAAACGUGGAGGCAGCUCCAGUUACAUGGAGGAGAUGUACUUCGCCUGGUUGGAAAACCCCCAGAGCGUGCACAAGUACUGGGAUAGCUUCUUCCGAAAAGCCAGUGAGGAAGGCGCCUGUGACCCGACUCAGCCACGGUUCCCUGAGAGCAGGCCAGCAGUCUCGAGUCGGACCGAGACCAGCAAGCUUGUAGAGGACCACCUGGCUGUGCAGUCCCUGAUCCGGGCCUACCAGAUCCGGGGCCACCAUGUGGCCCAACUGGACCCCCUGGGCAUUCUGGAUGCAGACCUGGACUCCUUUGUGCCCUCAGACUUAAUCACAACCAUCGAUAAAUUGGCCUUCUAUGACCUGCGGGAGGCUGACCUAGAUAAGGAAUUCCAGCUGCCCACGACCACCUUCAUCGGGGGGCCUGAACAUACCCUGUCUCUGCGGGAGAUCAUUCGGCGCCUGGAGAGCACCUACUGCCAGCACAUCGGCCUGGAGUUCAUGUUCAUCAAUGAUGUGGAGCAGUGCCAGUGGAUCCGGCAGAAGUUCGAGACGCCCGGCGUGAUGCAGUUCUCCAGUGAGGAGAAGCGGACCCUCCUGGCCCGGCUGGUGCGCUCCAUGAGAUUUGAAGACUUCCUGGCCCGGAAGUGGUCCUCCGAGAAGCGAUUUGGCCUGGAGGGCUGUGAGGUCAUGAUUCCCGCCCUCAAGACCAUCAUCGACAAGUCCAGUGAGAUGGGGAUCGAGAAUGUCAUCCUCGGGAUGCCACACAGGGGCAGGCUGAAUGUGCUGGCCAACGUGAUCCGCAAGGACCUGGAGCAGAUCUUCUGCCAGUUUGACCCCAAGCUGGAGGCGGCAGACGAGGGCUCUGGAGACGUCAAAUAUCACCUCGGCAUGUACCAUGAGAGGAUCAACCGGGUCACCCACAGAAAUAUCACUUUGUCCCUCGUGGCCAACCCUUCCCACCUGGAAGCCGUGGACCCUGUGGUGCAGGGAAAGACGAAGGCAGAACAGUUCUACCGAGGGGAUGCCCAGGGCAAGAAGGUCAUGUCCAUCCUGGUUCAUGGGGAUGCUGCCUUCGCUGGCCAAGGUGUGGUGUAUGAGACCUUCCACCUGAGUGACCUGCCCUCUUACACCACCAAUGGUACUGUGCAUGUGGUUGUCAACAACCAGAUUGGCUUCACCACAGACCCCCGCAUGGCCCGCUCCUCGCCAUACCCUACCGAUGUGGCCCGUGUGGUCAACGCGCCUAUCUUCCACGUGAAUGCAGAUGACCCAGAGGCCGUGAUAUACGUGUGCAGUGUGGCAGCCGAGUGGAGGAACACGUUCAAUAAAGAUGUUGUGGUGGACUUGGUCUGUUACCGCCGGCGUGGCCACAAUGAGAUGGACGAGCCCAUGUUCACACAGCCGCUCAUGUACAAGCAGAUCCACAGACAGGUGCCUGUGCUGAAGAAGUACGCAGACAAGCUCAUUGCUGAGGGCACAGUCACCCUGCAAGAGUUCGAGGAAGAAAUCGCCAAAUACGACCGGAUCUGUGAGGAGGCAUAUGGCAGGUCCAAGGAUAAAAAGAUCCUGCACAUAAAGCACUGGCUGGACUCCCCCUGGCCUGGCUUCUUCAAUGUGGACGGGGAGCCCAAGAGCAUGACGUGCACAGCCACAGGCAUUCCCGAGGACGUCCUGACCCACAUUGGAGAAGUGGCCAGCUCCGUGCCUGUGGAGGACUUCAAGAUCCACACCGGCCUCUCUCGAAUCCUGCGGGGCCGUGCGGACAUGACCAAGACACGGACGGUGGACUGGGCACUGGCAGAGUACAUGGCCUUCGGCUCCUUGCUCAAGGAGGGCAUCCAUGUGCGGCUUAGCGGGCAGGAUGUGGAGAGGGGCACGUUCAGUCACCGGCACCACGUUCUCCAUGACCAGGAAGUUGACCGGAGGACGUGUGUCCCCAUGAACCACCUUUGGCCUGACCAGGCCCCCUACACUGUGUGCAACAGCUCCCUCUCAGAGUAUGGAGUCCUGGGCUUUGAGUUGGGCUAUGCCAUGGCCAGCCCCAAUGCCCUGGUCCUCUGGGAGGCUCAGUUUGGUGACUUCCACAACACAGCCCAGUGCAUCAUCGACCAGUUCAUCAGCACUGGCCAGGCCAAGUGGGUGCGGCACAACGGCAUCGUAUUGCUCCUGCCCCACGGCAUGGAGGGCAUGGGCCCAGAGCACUCCUCAGCAAGGCCCGAGAGGUUCCUGCAGAUGAGCAAUGACGACUCCGAUGCCUACCCCGUGUUCACGGAGGACUUCGAAGUGAGCCAGCUCUAUGACUGCAACUGGAUCGUCGUCAACUGCUCCACACCAGCCAACUAUUUCCAUGUGCUGCGCCGCCAGGUCCUGCUGCCCUUCCGUAAGCCGCUGAUCAUCUUCACACCCAAAUCUCUGCUGAGACACCCAGAGGCCAAGUGCAGCUUCGACCAGAUGGUAUCUGGGACGAGCUUCCAGCGGGUGAUUCCUGAGGAUGGGGCUGCGGCACAGGCUUCUGAGCAGGUCCGGCGGCUCAUCUUCUGCACCGGAAAGGUGUACUAUGACCUGGUGAAGGAGCGGAGCAGCCAGGGCCUGGAGGAGCAAGUGGCCAUCACGCGGCUGGAACAGAUCUCUCCAUUCCCCUUCGACUUGAUCAAGCGAGAGGCAGAGAAGUACCCAGGCGCAGAGCUGGUGUGGUGCCAGGAAGAGCACAAGAACAUGGGCUACUAUGACUACAUCAGCCCGCGCUUCAUGACCAUCCUGAGCCGGGCACGGCCCAUAUGGUACGUUGGCCGUGACCCAGCAGCUGCACCAGCCACAGGAAACAGGAACACUCACUUGGUUUCUCUGAAGAAGUUUCUGGAUACUGCCUUUAAUCUCCAGGCCUUUGAGGGCAAGACAUUUUAGAGCUGGCAAGGCCCAACUGGGCCUUGGUAUGGGACUGGCUGGGGGCAUGGGGGCUGGAAAGGGGAGGGAUGGAUGGUGCUCCUGCCCGGGAGAGGGGUUGUCUAGAGCUCUGGGAGAAAACAAUACUCUCCUAAGUGAUUAAGGCCAAAGAGUAGGCACUGCUGGCUGCGGUCUUAGGCCACCUUGGGCCAUUGUGUUUAUGUCAGAAUCUAUUAGGAUCGAGCAAGCCAGAGGGGCCUGAUAGAUGGGCUGUCGUUCGGGAGUGUUUCCCCACUGGCCCUGGUCUUUCUGAAAUUUUUGUUUGGCUUCUCCAUCUGCGCUGUUCAUGUCUCUGCGGACAGCCACGCGGGAACCCAAGUCUUUAGUCCCUCUCUCCAUCCUGGCAGAUCUGGCUGCUGCUUACCCUGUCCUUGUUCAUCUGUAGAUUCAAGGAAUAUUCCCUUUUGUGCUCUUAGAAAUAAAGAUUUCAGCAAUAACAACCAGGUGAAGCAAAACCAUGCCAGGUGAGUUAUAUGUGCUCUGUUUUAUGGGGCAUGUCAUAAUGAGAUAUGUCAGCUUCUGUGUGAAAUAUAGCCGCAGCUCAUGUGUACCAAAGUAGAAAACCAAAUAACAAGAGAAAUAAAAAAAUGCUUAAGAGAGGUUUUCCGUUUUCAUUUCAUGUUGUAGAAUUGGGGAGGAGGCAUAUGGUUGAGAGAGGGUGGGAAAUGGGGAGGAAGAUAAAAACUAAACUUGUAGAGGGUAAAAUAUCUGCCUCCAUCAAACAGAUUUUCUUUUGUUUGCAAUGGUUGCAAAAUCUGUUGGCAUGUCCACUCUUAGUGUUUCGUUGGUUUUGCUUCCCCACAGAGAUGCUGGGGAAGCUGCAGCGGAGGAAGGAUGUUUUGCUUUCUGCAAAGCAUUUAUUCAUUUAUCGCUUCUUAGAGUACUUUCUCUGUGCUAGACACUGGGGCCUGGGUAAAGAGUUAUGUUGGAGGUAAGUGCAGAGGGUUGUGGGAGUCAAGGAAGGCUUCCUGGAGGAGGUGGUAUUUCAAGGAAGAAGAGUCCUACAGGAGAACUGGGAGAGGUGAAUCGCCCAUGGAGCAGACCUAGAAAUACAGACCACAGGGUUGGGGUGGGGCAACCUAAAGGAACCAUCAGCCUAAAGUUGGAGAACAGUGUGUUCCGUCAGCCUCAAAAACAGCUCAUUGGGGUAUGCUUUGAAUCACACACCACAGCAGCUGUCUAAGUGACAUAAGUAUAAAUAAUUACAGCUGUCUUUAUUGUGUGUCCGUUGUGUCCUGGGCCCUCUGCCGGGCAUUUUGCAUAUGUUACUAAAUACUGUUUAACCUUCACCUUGACUUUGCAUACUGGGGAUAUCCUCUCUUAUAGAUGAAAAAAUUGAGGUUCACAUGAAGUUAUUUGCCCAGAGUCACUUAGCAAGUGGACUUGACUUCUGUCCAUGACCACACUGCUUCCCUUGGGAAAUAAGCUCUUCCCAUAUCAUGUGGUAGAUGAUCUCCACAGAGAUCCCGUGGCCUGGGCUCUCUCCCUGAAGUUGGGCUGUGGCCAGCGCAGUUGGGCUGAGCAGGGAGCCUUCAUGCUCCGGAGGUGGAUGGUUGGGGUGUCCUGCCUGUAACACGCGUUGUCCCUCACUCUCAGUGUAGAAAGGCUAUGCACAGGCUGAUGAAAGCCAACCGCUGGGAUCACUGAACUAAGGAAAACCAGCCUCAUGAAACGAGGGGUCCAAACUCUAUAAACAUAAGAACUAAUGCUGGGAAGUAAAAUGGAGCUCAUGGCCCAAACAAAAGCUUUACAUGAACCGUAGUAACUUUAGAGGGCCAGGAGGAUAUUGCUACUAUGAAACAAUGACAGACAAUUAAAAAAAAUAACUAUUCAGAUAUUUAGAAAAUACCAAAUAUUGCCAAAAUAAUGUCACUGGAUGUUCUGAACAGCGGAAUGGGCACAGCUGAAAUGCGAAAUUGUACAUGUGGAGAUAAGGUGAAGCAAUUCUCCAAAACAUGUAGAACAAUGAACAAAGAUGUAUUUAAAAGAAUGCUUUAAAGAGACAUGGAAUACGUAUAGAUCCCACAGUUCUGAUGUGCAUGUCCCAGAAAGAGAAAGCAUGGGGGAGUCUUGUGAUGGAAAUGUUCUUGGACAGUACAAUGUCGGAGUUGUGGUUGUGACAUUAUACUAUAGUUUUGCAAGAUGUUAUCAUUGCGGAAACUGGAUAAAGGCUACAUGGGAUAUAUUUCUUACAACUGUAUGCAAUUGUAUAAUUAUAAAAAAUUUUCAUUAAA